AUAUCAGCAAAACGAAAUUCAAGCAUUGACACUUGUAAUGUAAUGUAUUUAUGUAUAAAUUUAAAAUUACCAAAUUAAAAAACUAACAAGCAUUUCCCUAUGUUAACCUAUAUGACUAGAACAGUAUAAAUUAUUUACAAUAUACAUUUUUGUUGUCGAUAUUGUAAUUUUCAGAAACGGUCAAAGUUCACCAAGUUUCAUCGAAAUGUUUUUAUGCGACAAAAAUGCAAACUGCUGUCCCUGGAAGUCGUUCAGACGGAAUAAACUACGUUUCCCAAAAUACCAGAGUUGUUAUUUCCAUCUUUUCAGCAGCUGGGCGUGUGCGUGGGCUUCACAGAUAACGAACGCACUUGGCAACGGUUUACUUCCUGACACAGGACUACAUUUCCCACAAUGCACCGCUCGAUGUUGUCAAAGUGUUGCUUUCUCGGGUCACUUAUCGAACUCUGACCGUGACCGGUUUAUUUUCUUAAACUUCGCGAUAUAAUGCACAUGUCAGGCACUGACAUUGGGGAGGUGGGACACGGGCAGGGUCCCGGAGCGGGAUCGCCACAUGGAGGCUGCAAUCCUCGCAAAUUCAGCGAGAAGAUCGCCCUACACGCUCAGCGGCAGGCUGAUAACACAGCGGCUUUCCGCGAGGUUAUGAUGGACAUUACUUCCAUCAGGGUUCAGGCUGAGAGAGUCCGUGAAGCCAGAGGGAUGGCUUCAUACUAUGGUGGGUCUUUGCCUAAUGUCAAUCAGAUUUCAAGAUGCUCCACAGAAACCCAGUACUCAAGUUAUCUCAACCAGCAACACUUAGAGGCAGAUGAAGGGUACAAAGACGUCCAGCCUGGUCCUUUUGGCAGGCCGCACAAGAGACACUUUGAUAGUGCACCUUAUUUGUCCACCCAACUUUCUCCUCCUCGAGGUUCAGCCUGGAAAGGUUCCAACAGAUUCUGGUCCAGUUGUUCUGCCACCGAGAAGACCCAGAUGGUCCAUCUUCCUCUGACAGCUCUAAACAGAACCAACUCUGAUUCAGCCCUCCACACCAGCGUGCGAAACAUCCAAAUGCAUGGCCACCCAAAAUCUGCCCAAGUCCUGAACCCUCAAACCAAACACAGCAUGUUUGCACAUUCGGUGCCACUAAUUGAAGAAAACUUUCAAGAGGAGACAUCUCCUAAAAUGAAGAAGUUAUCUUCUCUGGCAUCAUCAGGAUAUGGAACUCCUGUUGUUCACAGCUUCCCACUGCCUGAUCAGCAGGGAUCUUCUCUUCUGGUCCCAACGGCCCUCAGUACGAGCGGCUCUCUUCCGGAUCUCUCCAGCCUCCACCUGCCUUCUCCACUUCCUGUAGGCCAGGAUUCUGAGCCCCAUCACCUGAGCACCACUUCUGCCCACCCCAACAUUAUGGCCGACUUUACCUUGCCUAGUCUUUCCUCAUCUCUUCAGGCAUCUUUAAGUAAUCCUCUACUCCAGUCUUCACUCAGCAAUCCCAACAUCCAGUCAUCACUCAGCAGCCACUCCCUGCCCAGCUCCCUGAGCUCUACAUCCUUGCACCUGUCACUUAGUAACUCCUCCCUUCGGUCAUCUCUCAGCAACCAGUCCCUACAGUCCUCUCUUAGUAGCUCUUCACUAAGUAACCAGUCCAGCCAAUCAUCAAUCAGCCGUUGCAGCUACAGCAGUGGCCUCGGAGGGUCUCCCUCUUGCUCGUCCCCCUCUCUAGCUGGUUCGCCACGUGUACCUGGUCACACCCAUGCCGUUGGGUCACGCAAGAGAGCCCAGCUCAGUCCGCUUAUUGUGUCUGGUGGAGAUUCCCGCUGGCAGCAUCCAAAGCAGUUUUCACCCACUGUUUCUCCAAAUGUGUCUUCAGUAACACAGGGAUCUCUCCUCAACCCCAACAAAGUUUUUAAGGAGACAAAGCCACCAGCAUAUCCCUGCAGUCCGCUCCUUAAAACCAGUCCUUCGAUGUCCCAUCAGCCGGUGCGUCAGUACUUUCCUUCAGAUGCACAACAUCAGUCUAUCCCAGAGAUGGAACAGUGGAGUGAACAUUAUCAUGCCACGCAUCAUGAACACCAACCACAACAACUGCAUCAUCAACAGACACACAUUCAGACACAACCACAACUGUUUAAUUCACAGCACCACAUUCACAAUCAAACACGGCAAAUACAGCAACAUUUACAUCCACAGUCUAACUAUCAACAGCAGCUACUGUAUCAUUCAAAUACCCAACAGUUCCCUCAACACCAACAACCCGUAAGACAACAUCAGCCAUUCGCACAAGCUCCUCAUCUGUCUAAGGAGCAGUACCAGUGCACAAGCAGGUGGCAGUUGCCAUGCCAACAGGGCCAAUAUCAAGGUCAGUUGCAUCAACAGUUUCAUCAGCCUGCACCUAAUACUCAGGAGAAAAGCUGGAAUUGUGUGACAAGCCCGCACGUUCAGCCUCAUACGAGAGUAAAACAUCCUCUGGGACCCUGCGUGCAGGCGCAGGGGCGAUCAAAACCACAAUUUAAGACUGAAGGAAAGAGCGUUUCAAACUCUUUGGAAGGUGGAACGGUGCCCGCGAGUCUAAGCUCAUGCGAUAAAGGUUUCAAGCUGAACAAGGACUCUUAUGUCGGCUUACACCUGACCCCUAGCCAGGCGAAGGCCCUAUCCCAGCAGCUUGGAGUGCUUCAGAAGGAGCCGCUAGGGGGCGGUAAAGGGUCGGAUCCUAAUUGUCAAGAUGCAGAGAGCCACGAACAGCCUGCACAUAAGAACAUCCUACCACAGCAAAACCAAAGCUGCGGUGCUGAUAAGGCACAAAAUUGUAGAAACAUCAGCUUUAAUGAGUCAUUGUCCUGGUUGGAUCAGAAUACGUCAGACCUGUCCGACUCGGUUCUGGACUUUGAUUUGGAAACGUUUGGCCUGGACAGUGAGGGUUUUCCUUCUCUGGAAGAUUUGGCAUAUGCACAGUAAAAACUUGGUUUACCUAUGCAGUGUAAAAUAAUGUACAUAUUAUAGGGAAUGUACUUUUAUAGUUUUUUUAAGGAAAGAUCAACAAUGAACUUGAAACAUAGUCCUUAGAGUCAGAUAGAAAGAAAACCAUAAAUUGCCUUAAAAAAACCUUUGGAGGAACAAGAAAGGCCUUAAUAAGAAGGAUUAAAAAUGGAGAGUAGGCAUAUGUGCCUUAAUCUUUGGUUACUGAUGUAAUUGAAAAUAAUGUUUAUUUCUAGAUUUAUGUGGUGGAGUCACAUAUAAAGUUGUUUAGAACUAACCAGGGGCAUCAGUUUGUGUUGAAAAGUGGUGGGGACAAAAGAUCAGAUGAAAAAGCAGGAUGGGAAAAAUAUUGGAUAAUGGCACAUCAAAAUUGGCAUAGCAUAGGCCAGUCAACAACACGAAAAUACUCAGCAUAAACCAAUGUUGACUGCACAUGAAAUCCCUGCAACACCAGCUCAACCGAACAGUGCCAAAGCACCAUACUGUAAAAACAGCAGCACGUUAAGUCAAUGAUUACACUGAAAUUCAUUACAUAUGUAAAAGAAAACACACCAUAAGCAUACAACUCAACAUAUGUGACCCUGGACCACAAAACCAGUCGUAAGUCGCACAGGUAUCGCUUGAUUUUUCAGAACAUUUUAACCAAAUGCUUUCAAAAAGUGGGGACAUGUCCCCAGUGUAAAUGACACCUAUGGAACUAACAUUUUACGUUUUAUAAUAGAAUAAAACAACUGUAAUUUCCAGAAAAAUAAAAUGUUAUACUUUUAAAGUACUCACAACAUUAUCAUGAUGGUAAAAUUAAAGGUGCAUUGCCUAACUUUUAGAAGGAUCUCUGGACAGAAAUGCAAUAUAAUAUACAUAUCUAUAUGAUCAGUGGUGUAUACAAAUCUUACAAAAUGAACUGUAUUGUUUUUAUUACCUUAGUAUGAACCGGUUUUAUCUGCAGUGCAUACACCACGGCUCCCCUUAAAUGGAAGUUAAGCUAGCCCUAAAACUGUCCUGUGGGGCUACCAUAGCUUCACUAUGCGUUUCAAACGGGGUGGACUGAGCCGCCGGUUGCAAAUCUUAUCACUUGAUGCCGCUAAAAAUCAACCACUGGUCCUUUAAGACUUGUUCUUUAAAGGGGACAUAUCACAAAAAUCUGACUGUAUCCAUGUUUAUGCUAUAAUUGUGUCCCCAGUGCUUCAAUCAACAUGAGAAAAAAUAGGUCAUUAAAAUUUGUCUCCCCCGUGAUGUCAGAAGGGGAUAAUACCGCCACAAAUCUGCACUAUCCAACCACAGCACUGCCAUUUAGUGCAGAGAUCAGCUCAUUUGCAUUUAAAAGGACACACCCAAAAUUACACAUUUUUGCUCACACCUACAAAAUGGCAGUUUUAACGUUAUGAUAAAUUAUCUAUAUGAUAUUCUGAGCUAAAACUUCACAUGGGUAGGCUACUCUGGGGACACCAAAGAUUUAAUUUACGUCUUUAAAAAGUCUUGUGAAAUGUCCCCUUUAAAAAACUGAAAUGUGGCUCAUCUGUUCAACAGUUACCAGAAUAUCUAUUAGUUUGUAUGUGAAAGAUUCAACUUUAACUAUGAUAAAAAUGUUACAUUUGUUUUGACUUAACACUUACACAACAAUAACAAUAGAGCACUCAACAUAAGAUUGAACACCAGCAAUGCAAAUAUCGUAAAAUAGAGUAAUAGGUAGAAUUAAAUUGAUUGUUUUUAGUUUAUAAUUUAUAUUAUAUUACAUGUUCAAGUAUAAUAAGGAUAAGAAAAUAAAUAAUGAAACGGAUGUAUUUACUAACACCCACAAGCUGCUUUAAAAGAAACUCAGAUUCUAUAACAUUAUAUUUUUGUUUUGUCAUUUUUGUAUGUGUUACAAAAAUACAUUUUUGUACUUGUCCAAACUUUACUUGUGUAGCUUUUGUUGCAGUUUUAUUCAGAACAAAUAUUUUGAUAUUAAAUGUUAUGCUCUUGCUUUGUCCCUCUCUGGUAGAGGGAAUAUUGUUAUUUUCAGUAUUUCUCCUCAAUAUAACAUCAAGAAUAUUGUGAUUUUACUCAAACAUUUUAAUGACUUACAGAAUUAAUUUGAAUAAAGAACAAAAUGUUACAUGAACACUUUCUAAAUCUCAGAAGUAUUGCAAUAAAAAUGUUGACUAACAAAUACAA